AUGACCACAGAAGCUAUCAGCAAGUCUAGCGACGCUAUGUCCUUGGCUGAUUCUGUAGAAGACGUGGAAAGGGCGGAUAGGGGGAAAAUCGAUCAUUUGGAGGACAAUAUCGAUGAUGUGCAGAGCUCUACGUCGGACAACAUGAAGUCAUCAAGAAUAGCACUUUGGAAAGAGAUUGGAAAACUAAGGCGAAAGAUCAUGGGAUACAAAAAGCGUCUCAUGGAUGUCAAAUCUCAAAUGAUGGCUCGUGACAAUUACUUAGACACCAGGAUGUCUGCUCUAGACAAUUCUAUCAAGCGAUCGCAGGUCUCGAUGGAGCGAAGGUUGAAUGAUAUCACUGUCAAAGCCAAUGUCAUACAGCAUGAAGUUGGUCCUCCUGGCGCACCAGGUGAAGAUGGAAAGGAUGGGCCCCCAGGACCUGCAGGUUAUCCUGGCCCUGUCGGCGAGCGAGGGCCCCCAGGGAACAUCGGACCAGCCGGGCCAAGAGGAUACGAUGGACGGGAUGGUAUCCCUGGAGGGGUGAAGGAGGCCGACGAGGCCCCAUGGGUUUGUUGGGACCAGAAGGUCAGCCGAUUGAUGGUCAGCAAGGUCAAGCGGGCCCUCGCGGUCCUCCAGGAUAUGCAGGAGUGUCUGGAGCAGAAGGUCUGA